AUGGAAGUGGCAUAUGGUUCCACAUGUCACAUGAUUGUCCAAUGUAUGUGUAGUUUUCCCCCUUCUUUUUUUCUUUUCUUUUUCUUUUUAUUUUUACACAGUUUUCAGCGUUUUCUUUUUUACGCAACGGUAACCUCGCGCCAUCUCUGUUUGUUACUGUUUCUCGGGUUGCUUGUUUGUGCCUUCAUACGUCCUUCCCUCCCUUCCUUCUUUUCUUUCAGCGUGCGUAUGUGUGUGUGUGUGUGUGUGUUUGGGGGGGGAGGGGGAAAGGCGUAUGAGCACGUAACCCAAUUGAGUUUGUUUUAUGAACUUGCUCUAUUUUUUUUUUUUUUUAGUGACCUUUACUUCUCUUUUUCUUUCUCUCUCUCUUUCGUUCUCUCUCUCUAUCUAUUUUUCAGUUCAUCCUCCGUUUCGUGCGAUAUGUUCUGCGAAGAUGGCUCCCAACUGGGAUGGAGUUUUACAGUAACUGAUCUACUGGCGAGGAAACGGCGCAACUUCCCCUCUUCAUUUGCCACGGCACUGGCAAGUCGCUCUCGGGAGGCAUUACUUCACAUUAGUCGAAAUCCCACCGUAACGAAACUGCUAACUGAACGACCGGGAAUUCUCAGUGAAUUGGAGGCGCCCGCCAAACAGUUACGUUCACUGGAAGAUUUGGUGUUACUUUUGCGUGAGCUCAACACAUCACCAGUGGGGGACCGGCUGCGGUUUCUAAAUGGAGCGUCACCAACGCUCGUGGAGGUUUUUGGUGAAGAGAAUGUUAAGGACCCUCAAGCUAUUGCGGAAAGGGAACUUAUCGCUUGGCUGCAACUCAGUGUGUGGGUACGCUACUGUACAGUUAUUGUCAUGCAAAGACUUGUUGCUCUUCAUGAGUGCAUUUCUGCAUAUGCACAGUACUGGGUCUGGGCAGAGAAACACUCGGCACGGGCUUCUUUUCACUUAUCACUUAGUGGUUGGCAGUGGUUGCGGCAACAGUGUUAUGGUAUAUUGUACACAGGUUGGGGGAGAUAUAUGCUACAGAUAGCUUUGAUGGCGAAUACACAUGGAGCUUUUUUGCAUCGGAUGAUGCGUAGUGUUGUGUGCGGUAUUGGAACGCUACAUAACAUACUCGAUCGUGCGAAUUCAUCCAUUGCCGCUGUGGGGAAUGAUGAUUCGUGGUUUCCUGUGUUAACUGACGCACAACACGAAGAGGCGCGGCAACGUGUGCUGUCACGGGUACGAACCGCAGUGACAAGGGCAGUGUGGCAACUAAAAGGUUCGCUGCACGUUUUGGUUCCACCCGAAGACGUAUCUGGUGGAUCUGCGAGGGAUCCACAAUCAUUUCCGGAAGGUGGUGCGACUUCACUGCAUGAAGUACUUAAUUUGUUUUAUGUGACAGCGUAUUCACUACAACUAAAUGUUUCGAAGCUGGAGGAGGGAGCUGAUAAGGGACACAUGCCGCCUCGAGGGCGAAGGUGGCGCCCAGUUGCUUUCUUCAUUUUUGUUGUUAUUCCCUCGGUAGCGUGGCUUGCUGCCGGUGGCGCUCGUAAACUUCUACAGGUGUGCUCAUCGGCACGAGCAACACUCCGAUGGAUGGUGUCAAAUUACGUCGUGUGGCCGCUGCAGGAAGUUCGUAGGAGUUUGUUAGGCAGUCGCCCAGGCGUGUUGGAGAGGCGCCGCGCACUUGAGGAAGAAAUGAAGUCGGUAGCCAAUAUCAUAAGCGACUACUGUAAAGAUUGCUCACCAGACAUGAGCGACGCCAAUCACCUUGAACAAUUACAUCGCGAUACACUACAGAGCCUUCGCAUGGGUGUCAUGACUGAUGAUGAGGGGUACCUAACGAUUAAUCGGGACUUUGAGUCGGCCAUCAAACGACCUAUCCGCAGUGUUCUAUUCGGAAACCUUCCGCGUCUUAUACUUGUUCAACUAGCCUGCAAGCAGCUUGAGGUAAACCGCGUUAUAAACGUAACAGGCGAAAUACUCGAGGAAAAUGACCUUAACUUCAGAGUGAUGGCAAUGAUUCCCGUCAUCACAUUCCUUGGUGGCAUACUGCAACUGUCACUUCAGAACAGGCGGGUGAAGCGCAGACCAGUGAUUUUGCACCUGAAACUUUGUUGGUGGGCCGUCCACCAUCUCGUUACAUUCCCUGAAAUGGGCGAGAUUUCAGGGGCCAACUGCGAGCACCCCCACCACAAUUAUCGCGACCACUACGUCAAAGAUGUGCAGCUGAAACUCCCUGAAUUUCGGAGAGAUGAGAGUCCGGUCUCAACCAACUUGGAGGAAGUUUCUUUAGUCAAUCCUUCUCGUUACUACCACAGUACAUAUUUGAGUGAUUAUGAUCAAGGCAUGCUCCUCCUACUGACGCAUCACAUGCGACGUAUUGCUAUGGAAUAUUACCCACGGUACCAUCACCUAAAACAAUACUUGGAGGAUCUUGACCGUCUCGAGAGCGUAUGGUCCACAAGGCAACAGCGACUCUCAACCCUUGACCGCAUGUGGCAUGCAUUUCACUUUUUGAGUCAGCAUGCAUUGGCUGGGUAA